GCAGCGGGUCGCGGUGGCACCAGCUCGGCAGGGUUUGCCGCAGCGCGAUAUUCUUCAAUUAUUAUAUGUAUUUAUUUAUGUGAUGUGACUAAGUUGCAAAUCCAAACAAAAUACUCAUUUUAAACUCAUGUUUUUAUUAUUUAUGUGCAAGUACUUACCUAAUACAAAUUAUACUCGUUAACGAUUGUUUUAUGUUCUUUUUUCUUUUGUUUUAUGCAUGAAUAGUAACUAUGUCUGGUGAUAGAAAAUCCUCUAAAGCAUGGCAGUUUUUCACUGAUCUCCAGAAUGAAAAGGCUAAAUGCAAUUUCUGUCAAAAAGAGUUUUCAUAUAAAGGUGGCGGUGCUUAUAAUUUGACUAGACAUACAAAAAGUAAACAUCCGCAAGCAUUUGCAGCGAUACAGGAAUGUCAAAUUGAAAUUGAAGCUUCUGCCGCAACACAUAUUCAGCUUUUGCCUAGUACUUCCACCGAUCCAACUGCGAUAUGUAUACCUAUUGCUUCUACAUCUACAUCUACAUCAUCAACUACUAUCAUACCUGCAACAUCCGAACCAUCCAUUCCUCAAAGUUCAGAUAUAUUCAAGUUUAAAACUGCAGCCGCUAACACCAAACUAACCCAGUACUUCUCUAAGCCGCUUUCUGCUAAAAAAACUGACCAAUUAAACAAAACGCUAGUGAAGCUAUUUGUAAAAAAUUAUUUAGCCUUUCAGUUGAUCGAGUCUCCUGAAUUGAAAGAGUUCAUAAAAGAACUUAACCCCGGCUACCAAUUACCUAGUCGUAAGACAUUGUCUAACGCCUUAAUGACAAAUGUGUAUCUCCAAAUAAAGGAAAAAGUAAAGAUUGAGUUAAGCCAAGCCAUGUAUGUCUGCAUAACGACCGAUGGUUGGACAUCCAAGCCCAACGAAAAUUAUUUAGCGGUUAUAUUAAUAUCAAAUGCUCUUAAAAAGAAAUGUACUAACUUUUUAAUGAUGACACGUCCAGCGACAGUGACCCAAAUGACGGAGGUUCUCAUUCACGAGAUAAAUAGUCGAUUUGCCGGCGUUGAAGAAAACAAUAUUUUAGCUGAGAGCACAAUUCUUGACCCGCGGUUUAAAAAAUAUGGAUUUACAAACGAAUUUGCAUAUGGUAGGGCAUGUGCAAAUUUAAAGUCCCAAGCCGGGCGAAUCGUCAUUGAUGCCCAACAUCCUACCAUACCGGAGCCUACAAAUUCAUCUCCGCCAUCUAAACGUAAGCGCAGUAUUUGGGAUGAAUUUGAUGAACAGGUAGGUGACAUUUUGAAGAACAUCAACCCGACAGCAGGAGGUAUCAUAGAGGUAGACAAAUACUUAGAAGAGCCAUUGCUACCUAGGUCCCAAGACCCUGCGAAGUGGUGGUUCUCCAAAAAGGAGGCUUAUCCGAGGCUCUACAAAUUAUUUUUAAAAAGGCUAUGCAUAGUAGCCACCUCUGUACCCUCGGAGCGCAUUUUUUCCAAGGCUGGCCAGGUGAUUGUGGAUCGGCGCAAUAGGUUAAGCGGAAAAAAGGUGUCGCAAAUUUUAUUUUUAAAUUUUAAUAUGUAAUUUUUAUUUUUAUUUUUAAUAUACUCUUUUAUUAUGAUCAAAUAGUUUUAUUCACGAAUUUCGAAAAAUAAUAUAACAAAUAACUAUGUCGAGGUAGUGCUUUUAGUUGCAUGCUGAUAGACACAUAUAUACAUGUAACAUUAAGAGUACAAACAGUUAAAUACAAGUGACAAAAUGUUGUCAAUUACUUUUUCCAAUUGUGUUGAGUUGUAAGUAAUAUAUCAGUCACACGUUUGUUAGGUACAUUUAAACACAGCAGUACAGACUACAGAGUACGAGCAAAAUGACAUUGACACAGUCGUAACUUCAAAUGUAUCGCUAUGCUUCAAACCGUCCUUCGCCUCGCCUCAUUUGAAGUGGGACAUUGUACUGGCUCAGGACAGAAAAGAGGCUACUCUUACAAACUCUUUUUCAAGUCGUGUCCUACUCA